AUGGGGUGUCUGUGUUUACCUGUGUGUUUCAGUGUUUACAUUAUAAUAUCAUUGCUACUUCAUGUUGGUGAAGUGGUACUGAAUACGUUUUUCGUGGUGUAUCUGUUCCCAUCGAUGGAGACAUGGUUCACAAUUGUACUUGGACUAAUGAUGUUGCCGAUGGUGUUGGUACAACUAGUUUCUGCUCUUCUCCUCCUCCAGAAGCGAGGGGAACACCUGACUUGCUGGCAGGCUCUGUCUACUGCUGUUAUACAUAUUCUCCAGCUCGGUUUCGUAUGGAGACACAUAAGAAUCAUAAAGGAAACUGAAGUUCUAUGGAAAAAGCGCGACCUGGCAGAUCUUUUGCUGUUACGACUGUUUUAUGCGUUUUCUGCGAGUCUGCCGAUCCUUGGAAUCCAGGCUUAUUUCAUCAUCUUUAAAGGAGUAGAGGACACAAUUAUUCUGAGUGCUGCGACUGUAACACUUUUUUCGACAUGCUGGGUUCUAAGUAGCUUUAGACGUCAUAGUGAAACGGACGCUAUAGAAAACAUAGCUCUUUCUUGUCCUGGUACAAUGUUUCGUUUGCUGUGGAGAAUGGGAGAAAUUAUUUCCCGUGUGUUAUCCCUGGCGGUGUUUGCGUCUGUCUAUCAUUACUGGGUGUUCGUGGUGACGGGCUUGCACUGGCUUACGAUGCUAGUGUGUAUCUGUACUUCCUUUUUGGGCGUUCUCGAGAUUAAGGCAGUGAACCGUUGUUACAAGUUUUUUCUGUGCAUGCUAAUAUCCUAUAUGUACAUCUUCUGCCAUGUGAACUUCAGCAGUGAAGGUGCUCAGUUUCGUUACAUCACAUAUUAUGUAAUAAUGUUUCUUGAGAAUGGAGUUCUGACGACAGUGUGGUACUUCAGCGUGCAGGGGUUGGUAGACAUGCUCAAAGUCUAUACCCUAUUAUUUAUCAUCUGUUGUGCAUUCCUCAUAUCUAUUGUAUCCAUGGUGAUUUAUUACAAGAUCUUCCACAUUCCUUCCUCAGAUGUAUCGAAGGAAAACCAUUCCGAUUUGUGUGUACAGGAUGGAUGUAUAAACUGUAAGCUCAGUCUGUGUGUUAAACAUAGUAAGAUUUUACAAAGACCUUUCAGUGCGGGCUGGAUUUCCCAAUACCAGGAGGCUCUAAUUAAUGGUGACUAUUACAAAAAUCUGCUCCAAGACUCGUUCAUUGAUUCAGAAAAUGAAUCUAAAUCCACAGUUUCUGGGUCUUGCUCCGGUAAAGAGGAGAUGAAUGAAAGCAAAGAGGACGUUGUGAGUCCAUUUAUGAGAAAGACGUACAGUUUUCAGUCUAAUGGUACUUAUAGUCACCGUCGUUUCAUUAGAGGUGACGUUCAGACAUUGGCUGCGCCAAAGGACAAUUAUGACUCUGAGAGUAUGUUGUCUUAUAUCGCACCAACUGUACCAACAGGGUCGAGUGCGAGUGGAUCCUCAUCAGAUGAAAGUGACAUUUCCUUAUCCCCACCUCAGCUUCAGGAUAGUCCCGCCAACAGUCAGACUCACUUACUAACAGACAGUUGGGAUAAUCUACAACAAGACAAUUUGGGAUUUGAUCCAAGUACAAAGAAAAUGUUGCCUGGAUUUCGACCAAUCCCAGCUCAGAACCUGGAAGAAUGGUACUCUGAUGGCUACAGCACAGACCACACUGAGUCUGUGUAUCAGCUUCCUAUAACAGUUCUUGCCAAAAUGAAAAAUUGCCGGUCAAGAUCUAGAGAUCGGACAUCCUUAGCCUCGGACUCUACAGAGUGUACAAUGUGUAGAAACAUGAAAUCCUACAAACUUAUCCGUAAAUAUUCUCGUGCGUCAAGUGUGAUAUCUAAAGAGGAUGUUAUUCAGGAGGAGCGGGAGGACGAUAAAAAUCCAGACUAUGUGGAUUCUCCGCGGGGCCAAGCAUGGUACAACUGUAGUGAGUCAGGGGACAGUGCAUUUCCACAGGAAUACUUUAGCUCUAGUAACUUUGAAACAACUUUUGAUGAGAAUGAGGAUGGUAUUAGUGAGUCCAGCUAUGAACUAAUUAUAUAG